AUUGUGGGACGUGUAGUUCCGCUUUUAGGCCGCUGCAUCUGAUAAGAGCGCACGGAGGAGAUCAACAAAAACAAAAAUCAGGAGAAACUUGUGUGCGGUUGUUUGAGAGAGAGGAAGAGCGGCGUCGUUAUGCCAGGCUUCACGUGCUGUGUGCCCGGAUGCUAUAACAACUCACACCGGGACCGCGAGCUCCGGUUCUACACCUUCCCCAAAGACCCGAGUCAGCGGGAGAUCUGGCUGAAGAACAUCUCCCGGGCCGGAGUGAGCGGCUGCUUCAGCACCUUCCAGCCCACCACCGGGCACCGCGUGUGCAGCGUGCACUUCCCCGGGGGCAGGAAGACCUACACCAUCCGGGUCCCGACUCUGUUCCCGCUGCGCGGGGUCAACGAGAGGAGAAGUCGGCGCGGCCGCGGCAGGAAGGUGUUCGCUGCGCCUGCGCCCGCCGGGGCCAUUCAGGGUGAAGCGGCGGCGCAGGGUCAGCCCGACUUCGUGGUGCAGAUCGGACAGAACGGGCAGUACAUCUCACCUGGCACCGCUGUCUCAUCAUCGUUAUUAUCAACAUCAGCAUCAUCAACAUCUGCAUCAUUAGCAGCAGCAGCAGCGCUGGAAGGCUCGCGCUCCGCAGCGGCGCCGCUCAAGUGUGAGGAAGCCCCGGAGGUGGUGGCGCUGGUUCCGGAGCAGCCGCUGCUGUGCGGAGAGGAGCACUCCUACUCCCUGACCAACGGCACGACCUCCGCCGAGCUCCUGAGGAAACUCAACGAGCAGCGCGACAUCAUCGCCCUGAUGGAGGUGAAGAUGAAGGAGAUGAAGAGCACCAUCCGCCAGCUGCGCGUCAGCGAGGCGCGCCUGCAGGAGGAGCUGCGCGAGCGCGACCGCGUGCUCUCCGGCAUCUGCGUGGUUCGGAAGAAAGUCUGACCCGACCGGAACCGGACAGAACAAUACCCUCCCUGGGCUGUUUACUUUAUUUUAUAUCUUUGUUUUAUUUUGUUAUGAAUUUUCAGUGUUUCCAAAAACAUCAGGAGUGGGCGGUGAUGUCAGAAAAAAAACAACAAAUCGCGAUUUAUCGUGACAUUUUCACAGCGAGCUUUAAUAAACAUCAGUGACGUCAUGAAAUUACAGAAAAAAUAAAUUAUUCAGUGUUUUAAUGCCCAGGAAAGGAACGGCUUCAUCAGGACUGAUAAAUAUGCACGAAUAUGCAAAUAAGGACACGCCCCAUGACUGGUACUCUAUCACUAACAUGAGCAGAGGUGCAUUACAGAAAGAAAUAUGUAAAUUCAGACACUUUUUUUUUUAUACAACAUUUAACAAGGAUGAGGAAAUACUUUCAUGGUUUGGUCUGUUCUUUUGGAGUUGUACAACCCCAAUUCCAAAAAAGUUGGGAUGCUGUGUAAAACAUAAAUAGAAACAGAAUGUGAUGAUUUGCAAAUCAUGGAAACUCUAUAUUGCAUUGAAAAUAGUACAAAGACGAUAUGUUGAAACAGAUUUUUUUUUUUUUUUUUAAAAUGCUCAUUUUGAAUUUGAUGUCAGCAACACGUUUCAGAAAAGUUGGGACAGCGCAACAAAAGACUGCAAAAGUUGUGUAAUGCUAAAAAAAACCCUACCUAAUUAGGUUACUUGUCAACAAGUCCGUAAGAUGAUGGGGUAUAAAAAGAGCAUCCAGAGAGGCGGAGUCUCUCAGAAGUAAAGAUGGGGAGGGGUUCACUACUCUGUGAAAGACUGCGUGGGCAAACAGUGCAACAAUUUAAGAAUAACAAAACAUUCUCAGUGUAAAACUGCAAAGAAUUUGGGGAUCACAUCAUUAAAAGAUUCAGAGAAUCUGGAGAAAUCUCUGUCUGCGAGAGACAAGGCUGAAAACUGACACUGGAUGCCUGUGAUCUUCAGGCCCUCAGGAGACACUGCAUUAAAAGCAGACACAUGUCUGUAGUGGAAAUCACUGUAUGGGCUCAGGAACACUUCAGAAAACCAUCGUCUGUGAAAACACUUCAUUACUGCAUCCACAAACGCAAGUUAAAACCAGAUAUAAACAAUAUCCAGAAACUCCACCCCCCUUCUCUGGGCCUGAGCUCUUUUACAAUGGACUGGGGCGAAGUGGAAAACUGUCCCGAGGUCUGAGGAAUCAAAAGUAGAAAUUCUUUUUAGAUAUCUUGGACACCAUGUCCUCCAGGCUAAAGAGGAGAGGGACCGUCCGGCUUAUCAGUGCACAGCUUAAAAGCCAAUAUCUGUGAUGGUAUGAGGGGGCGUUAGUGCACAUGACAUGGGGAGCUUGUACAUCUGGGAAGGAAUCAUUAAUGCUGAAUGAUAUAAACACGUUUCAGAGCAAUAUGCUGCCAUCCAGACUAAAUCUUUUUCAGGGAAGGCCUUCCUUCUUUCAGCAAGACAAUGACAAACCGCUUUCUGCACAUAUUACAACUACAUGGCUCCGUAGGAAAAGAGUCCAGGUGCUAAACUGGCCUGCUGCAGUCCAGACCUGUCUCCCAUUUAAAACAUUUGGUGCAUUAUGAAGUGCAAAAUACGACAAAGGAGACCCGAACUGUUGAACAGCUGAAAUUUUAUAUCAGGCAAGAAUGGAACAACAUUUCUCUUUCAAAACGACAGCAAUUGGUCUCCUCAGUUUCCAAACAUUUACAGAGUGUUGUUAAAAGUAGAGGUGAUGCAACACAGCAGUAAACACGCCCCGUCCCAACUUUUCUGAAAUGUUGUUGCUGACAUCAAAUUCAAAAUGAGCAAAUUUUUUCAAAAAACAAUAACAUUUCUCAGUUUCAACAUUUGAUAUGUUGUCUUUGUACUGGGCAGCACGGUGGUGUAGUGGUUAGCGCUGUCGCCUCACAGCAAGAAGGUCCUGGGUUCGAGCCCCGUGGCCGGCGAGGGCCUUUCUGUGUGGAGUUUGCAUGUUCUCCCCGUGUCCGCGUGGGUU